GCAGGCCAAGGCGCCCGUCAACAUGUUGAAUUCCGAGCACAGUCAAGCACCAAUGGAGCACCACCUCAAAGUCUGGUAUUUCGUUUCUCCCAGGUGGACCGGCUGCUUGGCCAGCUUGCGCAAAUGAGCGAGCUGCGAGAUGUGAUGCUGCCCCGUCUCCCGCCAAAGGUCACGAUUCGGUCCACUUGGGCUGGCCGUUUUGAUGAGACCUUUCUGCAGGAACGGCAGAGUCUUUUGACGAGUUUUUUCGAAGAGCUCUGCAACAUUCUGAACGGAAAAUAUUCAGCAAUCGGAAACGUUUUGGACCUUUGCGAACCAUUGGGCGAGUUUGUGGCCAGUGCGGCAAGAGCAGGGUCCACAGAGGAGCUGGCGGCAGUCGCAGCAGUGGAGGCCGCCAUCCGCAGGGAAGAAGACCGUCAGAUAAUUGCGUCGCAGGAUGCGGAAUAUGAGGAAAGCUUGCGACAGGAUGAGCUUCGUCGAAUAGCGCAGGCCGAGAAGGCCGAAAAAGAGAGACUUGUGGCAGAGGAAGAGGCCAGACGGCAAAAAGCUGCUGAGGAAGAGGCGGCUGCUCUUCUGGAGGAACAAAGGCUUCGGCGAGAGACAUUCGACAGGCAGCACCCGCUGCCGGAAGCCGGGAUGCCGCAGGCGACCGUGCGAUUUCGCGCAGCCAGUGGAGCUACGAUCCAGCGUGCUUUUGCUGAAGAUACGCAGGUUUCCGCCUUGUUCGAGUUUGCUGCAGUGGCCGACUGGGAUGGCCCAGCCUUGGGCCGGCCGUUUGAUCUCAGGACUUCUUUCCCGGUGAUGAACCUGCAAGGGAAGGAAUCGCAGACGCUCAGGGAAGCUGGACUUUGUCCUUCCACAAUGCUACUCGUGGCGGAGCAUGACGACUGA